AAGGGGCUGGGCUGACGACCAGAGCCGCCACACCUGCCGCCUCCAUCACAUCACAGCCGAGAAGCCGAGCAGCCGAGCACCGCGGAGCUUCCACACGCCACGCCGAUGGACGCCGAGCUUCCGUUUCCUUGUGACCGCUGAUCAGCUCUUUUGUUUCGGCAGAGAGAGACGAAGAAGCGGGGCGGGGGGAGGAGUCCAUGCCGCCUCGCCGCCACUCCGACAGGAGAAAUGGAGCACGUCCAACCUUCUUGUCUCGCCCACACGACGACCAACCUGCCCCGUCUUCUUCUUCUUCUUCAAAUGAAACCUUCAGCCGGACCAAAGUGAUCAGUGUUUUAGUGAGAUUAUAUGGUACCUGAAAGUCGGAGGGGUGUGGCCAUGGGUGUGGUGACCGCCAGUGUCUCUGAGGGAAGCCACGCAGCUGCAGGAGGACGCAAGCUGCCCUCAUUACUACGCAAACAAAUGCUUCAACCAACAUCCAGCAGACGGAGUGUGCCAAACUUUGAAUAACACAAUCACACACAGACACACACACACACACACACACACACACACACACACACACACACACAACAUGGCUGUGGAGAAUUCCGUCCUGUCACCUCGCCCAGACUCGCUGUCGCUACCUGUGGAGGACAAGCCAGAAGCUGCAGAAGUCUCUUCCUCCGCUGGGGUCUUCAAUGAAUCUGAGGAACUGGGCCAUGUGGUCACCACUGAGGCGCCGCCCUCCCCUCCCGUCUUGGCUAAGGUCAACAGGUCGUUCCAAUCCAAGAUGGCCGAGCGGGAGGCCCAAGCCAAUCAAACCAGAAAGAAAACCCAGGGGGCGGAGAAGGAGAGGGGGCGAUUUGGGUGGGCUCGCACUCGUCGCAAGAGGCAGCGCUACGUGGAGAAGAAUGGCCGCUGCAACGUGCAGCACGGCAACAUGCGCGAGACCUACCGCUACCUGACGGACAUCUUCACCACGCUGGUGGAUCUCAACUGGCGAUGCUCGCUCUUCGUUUUUGUCAUGGCCUACGCCGUCACGUGGCUCUUUUUUGGCGCCAUCUGGUACCUGAUAGCGUACUGCAGGGGUGACCUGGACCACCUGGAGGACGAGACGUGGACGCCGUGCGUCAACAACGUCAACGGCUUCAUCUCGGCCUUCCUCUUCUCCAUCGAGACGGAGACCACCAUCGGCUACGGACACCGCGUCAUCACCGACCAGUGUCCCGUGGGCACCAUUCUGCUGCUGCUGCAGGCCAUACUGGGCUCCAUGGUCAACGCCUUCAUGGUGGGCUGCAUGUUCGUGAAGAUCUCGCAGCCCAACAAGCGGGCGGAGACGCUGGUGUUCUCCAAACAUGCUGUCAUCUCGCUGCGGGACGACAAGCUGUGCCUGAUGUUCCGGGUGGGAGACCUGCGCAGCUCACACAUCGUGGGGGCCAACAUGAGGGCCAAGCUCAUUAAGUCCAAGCAGACGCAGGAGGGCGAGUUCAUCCCCCUGGACCAGACGGACAUCAGCGUGGGCUUUGAGACGGGCGACGACCGUCUCUUCCUGGUAUCGCCGCUGGUGAUCUCACACGAGAUCGACGCCCACUCUCCUUUCUGGGACAUGUCACAGGCUCAGCUGGAGAAGGAGGACUUUGAGAUUGUGGUCAUCUUGGAAGGCAUGGUGGAGGCCACAGGCAUGACCUGCCAGGCCCGCAGCUCCUACCUGACCGAGGAGGUGAUGUGGGGCCACCGCUUCAGCCCCAUGAUGUCCCUGGCUGAGGGCUUCUUCGACAUCGACUACGGCGCCUUCCAUCACACGUUUGAGGUGGACACGCCCUCUUGCUCGGCACGGGAGCUCUCACUGGCCGCCGCCCGGCUGGACGCCCACCUUUACUGGUCCAUCUCCAGCCGGCUUGACGAGGAGCCCACCCUGGCCCAGCAGGGGUCCAAGCAGGCGGAGGAGAGCGGGCCCGCCAACGGCAAAGGUGGGACGCCUACCUUCAUUGUCGGCGAGAUGACCCACGUCAGCAGUGCGCUGCCCAUCCAGGGCGAGCUGAACGGCAGUGUCGCCACCGACCAGUUGGUGUGCGAGGCAUAGAGGACAAAGACUUCUUUUACCACAAGAAGAUUUCUCCCUUUGACUUUUCUUUUCUAGAUUGUUCCAAGUAGGUGUGGGCGUUCAACUUUGACUUUGUUGUGUUGUCUCCAACCGCUCCAUCAAUUUUGGCUGAGGAUUGACGUUGUUCACUUUUAAUUAGUAGAUACUCUAAAUUGUGUAUUCAAACACCACAAUUAGGGAUGGGUACUGAAUGUGUACUUUUAGGAGUACUUGGUACAACUGACUUCUGGGAAAAUUAAAGGGAACCAUAUUUCAAUACAUAAUCGGCCCCGGCUCAAGCACUUGGCGGGCAAACAGGCGUAUUGGUAGCAGACUGCUUCUAGUCAAUGUUGCCAUUUCCCAUGCUAACAAACCAAGCAUGUCUGAUAGAAAGCACUCAAAUGUAAGUCUCCACUUUUCAAAAUACGUUAGCUCGGUGAAGAUUCACAUUGGAAAUGCCAAAAACCUGUUACGGAUUAGCAUUAGCGAUUUUACAUGGCGGUUAAAGCACCUCCAAAGUUAGAAAUGCAAACUAGAACUGAGAUGCACAUUACAAUCAAACAGCUUGUUUUGUAAUACGUACAUUACUUAAGGCAGUGUUUUUCAACCACUGUGCCGCGGCACACUAGUGUGAUGAUCUAAUCUCACCUAUUUGGGUUAAAAAUAUUUUUUGCAAAGCAGUAAUUAUAGUCUGCAAAUGAUGUGUUGUUGUUGAGUGUCGGUGCUGUCUAGAGCUCGGCAGAGAAACCGUGUAAUACUCUUCCAUAUCAGCCAGUAGCUAAUUGCUCCAUAUAUAUCGGAAAUAGCGGGACGCAGGGUGCAGGUAAAAAGGCAUUUAAUGCUUAAACCAAAAUAUAAAAAAAAGGUGAGUGCCUUUAAGAAAAGGCAUUGAAGCUUAGGGAAGGCUAUGCAGAACGAGACUAAAACUGAACUGGCUACAAAGUAAACAAAAACAGAAGGCUGGACAACAGCAAAGACUUACUGUGGAGCAAAGACAGUGUCCACAAUGUACAACCAAACAUAACAUGACAGUCAACAAUGUCCCCACAAAGAAGGAUGAAAACAACUGAAAUAUUUUUGAUUGCUAAAACAUAGAUGCGGGAAAUACUGCUCAAAGGAAGACAUGAAACUGCUACAGGAAAAUACCAAAAAAAGAGAAACAGCCACCAAAAUAACAACGCAAGACAAGAACUAAAGCAGUACUACACAGGAAAACAACAACAACAAACUAAAAACAAAAAAGACAAGCUGUUGGAGUUUCAAUUUUCAACAUUUCUGCUGGUGGUGUGCCUCCGUGUUUUUUCAAUGAAAAAAUGUGCCUUGACCCAAAAAAGGUUGAAAAACACUGACUUGAGGUAUAAACACUUUGUAGGACUCAACGAAAGACAAGACUGGCGUAUUCAACCUAAUGGCAGAGACUACUUCCUGACUAAGGCAACACACCUAGGACAAACUCAAAGGCUUGCAACUGGAGGAAGUAUAUUUUAUGUAUUAACAUGUAUUACUGUUGAGUACUGGGAUCGAUUCCCAGGGGCUUAGAAAGGUACCCAUCCUUAGACACUUUUCCUGACCUCCUGCCCCCUGGGGGGCGCUGUUUUUUUGUGUGACAUUCUUAACACACACUUGAGUGUCUGUGUUGUUUAUAUCAUAGCACAGGAAUGGUACUUGUCUUAGUUAAGUUAUUUUAGGAAACUAAAGCACAACAAAGGUGACUUCCUGCUUCCAAUAGCGAUGUGUACAAAUGCUUUCAUGUGAAUUAGAAUAAAUGAUAUUGCUGAAUAAUUGUCCAUUCCAAGUUCA